UAUUUGUUGUCAUUUUGGUUGCGAUCUUUUAAAGAGUUGAUUCGCCGAUAUAAUUUAUAACUGUCUAGUAACCAGUUAAAGUAGUAAAAAAUUGAGAGGACAAAGCUUCGACUACGACAAGCUUAUAUUCGUACUUGGCCAACCUAAUCUUAGAAUUUGGUGAACUAUUCCAAGCGUUUUCAACUUAAUCAAAAUGUAUCAUUCAAUAUAAAAGUUGGAUCCAUUUGAGAAAGAAAAUGGGGAUCAUUGUGGGUUCUCCUCUCAUGUUUCUCAAGUCGUCAAAGUAACAUUUUAACUUUUCCGUCCUUCAACAAGUGGAACUGUUUCAGCACACAUGAACGAAGGUUACUAGUGCCCAGGAGUCGCACGGAAGCGUUCGUGCUUGUUCACUGAUGCUGUCUCCUCGCUCAACAACUUAAAUUCAUCCCGUGAUAGUAAGAUUAUUACACGUGAUAAAGUUCAUAUCUUACAGGAUAACAAGGACGAUGAAGUCAUAAGAACACGUGACAUGAUGAAUACAGUUGCGUCAGUCAAUGUCACAUCUUUGGAGAUCAAUGAUCCUCGUAACAGAAAAUUAUCAAAUCUAGAAAAUAAAAACCAUCAGCAGUACACGUCACGUGAGAAAAUGCAGCAAUCACCAUCAUCGACAAAAGUCAAAAAGUAUACAUUUCCUAUUUCAAAUCAAAUUUAUAAGGAGAAAGUGAAGUUAAAAGAAACGCAAGCAAGUAGUGAGCCUAACUCGUCUACGGAGAAUCACCAACCUGCCAGCCGAAGUAAGUCCCAUGGUUCUAUCACUGAAGAAAAAACUGUUUUUGGUUUCAAAAUCAUGAAGAACUUGCCCAGCAGUUCUGACCAACAAAAUGGUAAAAUGUCAAGAUCAUUAAGCAACCUUGGGUUGAAAGACACAAUGAGCAGAAAGCCAGCCACAUCUAGGCAUUUUGAAAAGGAUGAUGUCGAUGAUUUAAAGAAGGAUUAUGGUGGUGAUGUGGAUGUAUUUCAUGACGAAAAGGAGGAGUCCUUACAUAAAGACAAAACUCCACUUGAAAAGAAAGGAGGCAGUAAGAAGACUCAGUCUCACACGAAUCCAGUUAUUCAUACAACAGAUAAAGAAAAAAAGGUGAGUGAAAGUGUAAACUCCAUACGAGAGCGUGUACGUGAUAGGAAACUUAGGAAAGAACAGUCACAUCAACCUACGAAAUCAGAAUCACAAUCAUCGCCAUUGAUGGAAAAUGUAAAAUCAACCGUGAAUGAGGAAAAUAUAUCUCUUGAAAAUAACUUUUCUAAAAGAGACAGAAGAACUUUGCGUGAUUUUAUAGACGUGACUUCAAGCGAAGCAAAUAGUCUAGAUCAAAACUCAAAUGUUAAAAUUUCUCAAUAUGGCGAAAUUGGAAAGAAGGAUCAUGAAAAAUGCUCGUUGAUCGAUGAUCAGAUGAUAGGAAAGGAUAGUAUGAACCUAAGCAAUAAAAUUGCAAAAAAUUUUGAAAAAGAUGUAGAUUGUGAGCCAAAGACUUUCGAUAAAAACUUGAAUGUGGCAAGCUUAGAGAAAACAUCUCAUGGUACAACACAUAUGAAAUUAGACAUUGACGAAACAUCUUCGGAAAUCAACGGAAAAACGAAAACUGAAAACGAUUCUUCUGUCAACAAAAAAACCAAUGCCACGCAGGAUUUGCACGAAGGUAAACAAGGAAACUCGGAAGUAAAAAAAUCAUGUAAACGAGAAACACGUAAAAAGCAGCGAUACCAACGCUCUAAGACAAUAAAUUCUUUAAUGUUUGAUGAAAUAUCGUUGGAUGCAAGGAGAGAGAUGCAACAUAAGGGAAUGAAUGUUGAAUCAAACGAGUCUCUGGCUUUGCCUUCUGUCUCCGAAAUAAGGAAGAGAUUUAUAGAAACAGAAAAUUCUUCCGCAAAACUUAGUGAGUUGGGCUUAUUUUUUCUAGCAAAGCAAACGAAAGUACUUCAAGUAAGACAAAACACGCUCAAACACGAAGGCUUACACUUCUAGAAGGCAUACGCUUGCUACGACAUUUGCAACCCAGGACCCAAAUGACGACUUCAUCGUUGGUUUUGAUUUGAAAACAAAUGAAGAUAAGCGUCGAGACAAUGUCCUGAAAAACGAGGAAACUAAAAAUUCAAACACAUUAUUGACACGGCAAAAUGCUUUAUCUCACAAUUUGCCGCUUAAGUCUGAUGAAGAAAAUUCAUCAACGCUUGAUUCUGUAACUCAUAAUACAAAUAGUAAGGGCUCUUUCGAUAAGAAUGGUAAAUCGUCUUAUCGUCAAAGAAUUUCGUCAGAUGAUAUCACCAGUUCAUCUAUUCAUGCUGUUAAAAAGUCUGAAUCCGUUGUAAGUUUGAGAGAAAGAUUUUCUAAAGGUGGCGCACCUGAGUUUAAACUAGCCACUUCUAAAUCAAUGUCGCACCUCGACAGUGAAACAAAUAGUUAUGGUAAAGAUAAUAAUGUGAGAAAGAUUAUUGAAGAAGCAAAGAAUUUGAAGAAGUCCUCUUCCACUGGAGGAGAUGAUUGGGAAAAUUCUAAUGAAGUUUUUGAGGACCGACAAACAUAUCUUAACAGAUAUCUGUCGCAAGACGACCAUCCAGUAUCACGGAGAGGAUCGAGUCCAGAGGAAGAAGGUGAAUCAGGUGAAAAAUCUACUAAGAAAGUUGAUAAAAAGAAAACGAAGUCUCAAAAUAAACGAAAAGCCAAGGUAAGGGACAGACGUGCACAAACCGUGGCAGGUAGUUCUUCAAAAGACAUAUUGAAAGAAAUAGCCGACGUAAAUAUUGAUAGUGAUGAAGGGAACAGCAUUGUUUCAUCAAAUUUCUAUGUAGCACCUUCCAGCUAUGAGGAUAGAGAAAAGGAGAAACCUCAGCUAGCACGACAGACAAGUGAUUUAAUACCAGAUAAUUACUUAUCACCAUUCGAAGAAAAGAAAUCCGAACUUCAGGGAGACAAGGUAUUGCAGGAAAAUGCUAAAGCACUUGUUAAAUCACAUAUUGUCAACGAAGUCGGCGAACAUGAUGUUGAGCUGCCGAAUUUUAAGGAAGCAUCCAAGGAUAUUAAUGGAUUGAAGAGGACAUCCAAUGGUGAUGAUGCAGAAGUUUCGGUAUCAAGACCAGUCUUUUCAUCAAGAACAAGACGAAGAAGUAAAAGUGAAUCGGGGAUUGAUACAUUAGCGGAUCAAGAAACAGAGGAAUUGGAAAUUAUUGAUGCAAUGGAGUUAAAGACUUCAUCUACAUCUACAAUUUUACAAACACGUAACGAAAAAGAGUCGUUGAAAAAUGGUUAUACGAGUAAGUCAAGUCAGCAUCUGGAUGAUUAUCUGAGCACAGCUAUCGAGACUUUGACAAAACAAACGAAAGGUCAACAAAGAUCAUCUCCUCGUACUUUUUCACAACAAGAAAAGUUUACGUUCAGUGAAAAUUUUGGUAAUGGCGUUAAUAUAAAUGGCGAAAGUCAUAUGGUAGUGAAAUCCCCUCUUAAUUCACAUUCUUGGUCAACGUCUGAUCUUUCUAAAUUUUUCAAUCGUGAUGGAAAUGAAUCGAGUUCAAAAACAAGACAGGUUGACUUGUCAGCAAUGGAUUUCGAUGAAAUAUCUUCAAGUACAACCAGACUGCAAUCACUUACGGAAGGUAGAACAAAAGCAAGACCAAAACGUGUUAGUUCCAAAUCCAUGAAUCCCAUGAAAUCUUUAAUGGAAAGAGCUGACGUUAGAGUGACGACGGAAGACUCUGAAGAGAAAGAAAGCAAGUCUGGUUUUGAAAACCCAAAAGACGAAGUGCUCCAAGGAAGAAACGAUCGCAAUUGGAACCAUGGAGACGACAUACAUUGGAUCCAGUUGCUUUAGCUGCUUUAGCAAGCCGCGAGGAUUUUUCCUCUGUGUCACUAAAAAAAACGAAGGGACCUGUUAAAGAUAAUAUUGAAUAUUCUGGAAGUUUGCCUGUCAUGUUAAUUCAGAUCAAAGGUCGUCGACAGGUGCAAAGUCGUCUAGUUGAACCCAGUCUCUCAUCUUUAAACAGUGGCGACUGUUUCAUUCUCGUAACGGAAAAA